UCAAUUGAGCUCUCUCUUUCUUCUCUUUCCCAAACACACGGUGCCGCUCAACAUAUCAGAUUCAACUCAACAUCUCAGAUCCAAAUUUCUUCUUCCCACAAACUUCAGAAUCACGUUCUCACUUCUCUCCAAGAACCCUAAUUUCGUAUUCCCCAAUUUCUUCUUCCUUCACCAAUCUAAGAACCCUAAUUUUGUAUUCAACUCAACAAUCAGUUCAACAACACAUCAUCACAACCUUCUCUUCGGAUUCAGAUCGAGCAACAUCGGAUCCGCAUCAUUCAACAUCACGCAAGACAUUCACACGGUUCAACACGCAUUCAACGCUCAACCCACACAAUUUCUGCCCUCUGCAGCUUCCUUCGAUUGCUCCAACAACACUACUGCACGCGACGAAUUCGACCUACAAUCACACGAUCCUCAUGCUAAUGAGCCUAAGCGCAUCACAAGGAAUCAAUUAGCUGCUAUUGCUCAAGCAGCAUAGAAGAACAAGGUGUGUUUUUAAUCUGUUAUUAAGUUUGUUUUGUUAUAUUUUGAUGGUAUUUUCUUGAAAGGCUGUAUUUUUUAAUCUGUUUUGAUGGAAUUUGAAUGAUGUUGUAGAUAGUAGUGCCUGAUGUUGUCAAUGGAAACUUUGUUGCUGCGAAAAAGAUGGAACAAGCUCAGAAACCUACUGAAGUGAAAGAGAAACAGCCUCCUAAAGGAAGAAAGUUAAGAGAAAGAUCUAAGAUAAAUGUCAGGACAUUUAGUUCAGUUCUUUCAGCUAGAAGCAAGUCAGGCUGUUGGUAGAAAUGUGCCAAAUGAUAUGGUAAUGAACAUUGAUGCAACUGACAAGGAUAGUGAAUUGGCUGCAACUGAGUACAUUGAUGAUAUUUAUAAGUUUUACAAACUCAGCGAAGAUGACUGUCCUGUACAUGAUUACAUGGUUUCUCAGCCUGAUAUAAAUGCCAAGAUGAGAGCGAUUCUUGUUGAUUGGAAGGAAGUUUGGUUUACAUUCCCUAGGCAAGAUGAAGCAGUAAAAUUUGCCAAAGAACAAGAAGAUGUUCAUCUCUUUAGUUACCAAGAUCACUUUAAUGGCCAGAGAAGGUUCCUUGUGUCUACUUAUACAGAAUUCUGGCGAAGGUCUCCAACUUUGAGACUUAUGGAGCACACUGUUGCUGUGAAGGCCAUUGCUUGGUCGCCUCACCAGAUCAACGGAGACUAUGCAAAUGACUAUAACAUAUCAGCCAAUGGUUCAUUUUCUGUUGAGUUUCUGUUUAGCAGUAUAGACAGCAUGGAAUUGGUUUGUUAUAUCUAUUUUUGUUUUUCUGCUCAAGGUUGUUUGGUAGCGUAGCAUUGUUUGGUAUUGGUGUUUUUGGUAUGUCCUUAAGACUGAUUAAUUCAGUUUUCCGUAUAUAGGUAUGCAGGUGUAACACCAUUACCACCUUCUAUU